UUUAAAUUCUCGUCGAAUCCAGUAGUUUAGUACACAUAGUACACCGUUCCCGUCACUGGAAAAGCCCAAAUGCUUAGUACUCUGGAAUGGUGAAGCAAAGCAUUUAAUGCCAGAUAGGUCCUCCGAUUCUCAGUUUUCAUCUUUUCUUUACCUCUCACCUUUUUCUUUCUCCCACAAGCAAAGAAAGUUGUAUUAUUUGCCCACUUGAGUGGGCAUUCGUCAUUUUCCUUCUUCCACUCACUGAGCAAGGAGUGGGGUUUUCAGAUUCUUUUAGCUUUUAAUAAAAAAGAAUGGGACUUCUCUUUCAAUUUGCAGCAGUAUAUCUCUCUAUCUAUAUGCUGUAUGCAUACAUGUAGCUGGAGAUGGCGUAGAAAGAUUCAAUUUUUUUGAAGGCAGAUCUUGUCGCUUUCUCUUCUCUGAUUCUCAUGGCGAAAGCGACCCAUCAUCUUCAUUUGUAUUUAUAUCUAUCUUCAUGUUACCCCUUUUCUCCGCUUCACUCCCCUUGUUUUCCGCCGGAAAAAAAGGAGAGAUCUUUGACCAUUUUUCCCCAAUCAAACACUGCCCCUCACUGUUCUUUUCCUUCUCAUUUCUGUAAACUGGUUGAUUUCUUUACUUUUUCGAUCUACCCUUCCAUGUUUCGAGUUUAUUUAUUGCAGUGAAGUGACAAUACUAUGAACCUGACGUCAUUGGUGGUAGCUAAAGAAUAUCAAGAAUUGUUGUAGAUAUGGGUUUUCAGAUUUCAGAUUUAUAGCAGUUUUUAAAUUCUUAAUACGCCCAGAAAGUUUUACCUUUUUUUUCAGUUUCAGCUCAAAGACGGCACCUUCUGAGGGUUUUAUGCCUUUUAUUUUGAUGGGUAACUAGUCAUUGAUUUAUUUGAUAAUCUUGUUAAUGCUUACUCAUCUUCUUGGGAGAAAUUUGUUGGCGUCUUGUUUUGCAUAUCUAUUGCGAAUGCGUUAACUCCACCCAGUAAAUUAAAACUAAACUGUGGUUAGAUAUUGGUUUUAGUCAGGGUUGAUGAUACGUUUAGUUUAAUUCUUUUGCAGUGUAACUUUUCAUUCCUUUGCAGUCUGAUAAUUCAAAUGUUCUCUUUUUUCCUCUACUAAAAAAGAAUAUUUUCUGAAAAUGUCAUAUUUUCUUCUUUCCCUUCUGCUACAGAAUGAAUAUACUGCGAACUUUGCAGAUUAAUAAUACUCCGUAUUAUUAUUUUUAUUAAUUUUUCUUGGUCUGUAAACUAUUUUCUGGAAUUUAGUGGCUGGCUGAGAAAUUUAUGAAACCCUUUUUCCUAAUCUGUCUUGGCUUAUUUUCUGAAUAAUACAUGUUUGUAUGUCUGUGUGAACACAUAUAUGAUAUAUCAUAUACUCUGUAUGUAUGUAUAUGCACAUGUCUAUGCAGCCAGGUUCCAGAUAGAUAAACCUUUAUUUGAGAUCUAUUUAAGCUUUUGCAGAUGUGGAAUUAAAGAUCUGAUGUAUUCACAAGCCAUAAAAACGAAAAUGAUAAGUAAUAAUGUUUUUUAUUCUUUUAAUAACCAUCGGAGGUGGUGAAGAUAAGCCACACAUAUUUUCUAUUUCAAAGAGACGGUUUUGUUCAUCUCUCCUUCAUUAAAUGGAGCUACUGGUAGUUAGCUGAAAGUCAUUUUUUUCUUUUCAUUUUGUCUUACUUCAAAAAAAAAAUCUUGGGAAUAAUGAUAUUUACAUUACCAUUUAUUCUUCUUGCGCCAUUUUUCUUCUCUGUGGCGUUAGUUGUUGAGUAUCUGAAUAAACUGCUGAAAGUUUAGGUAUGCAUAAUGAGCAAGAAGACAGUUUGUGGAGUAAUAAUGUGUGUGUGAUAAAAUUUGCAAAGUUCACACAGUUAGUUGAUUAAUUAGAAUGAAUAGAAAGGGGUUUAAAGUUUAGGGGAUGGGUGUGAGAGUAAGAGAGAGAGCUUCCUCCAGCCCACUCAUGGAUGAGAAAUGGGGUUGAAUUAGCUGCCGCCUCAUUCAUCCAACCAUUCAGUAGAAGAGGAUGUGAUUUCUGCUAAUUUGAUUGAGUGAAUGAUACGGGAGAUAAUUUCGUAUCCCUCUCUUUCUUUGGUUGGACUGAAGGGAGCUCCCUUUUCCUCUUUCAACUCCCUUCUGCCAAAUAUGAAGGACUCGUUUUGUAAGGAUCAUUUGGUGGACAUGGUUAAAUUACAUAUAAUCGGCUACCCAAUAUAGCGCUAAUUUUCCUAUGAAUCCCCCUUAGUAGCAUAACCAUGCAAUGUGUUUCUCUCUUCACUACGAGAAUGAUCUUGAAUGAUGGACAAACAAAGAGUGACAUUUGCAGCAACUAAGGUAUGUUAAGAUGUACUAAAGAUUUACUUUCAUCCGAUGACAUAAUAAUUUUACCUUGAAUUAUGGCUUAACAAAAGUUACUCGCUUACUUUUUUUUUGUUUUCCUGGAAGAACAUCAAGUAUGAAAAUUGUUUCUUUUUUGCUCGGUAUAUAGCCUACUAUCAUAUCUUCAUUUCCAUUACUGUAUUUUGGUUACUUCUAUAAUCAAAUUCUUAAUUGCUGCCUUGUUGUGCAUAGACUUCAGUUUCAGUUGAAAGAGUUGUGUUGGCUAUUGUGAGUGGUGACUAUGCUACAAAAGUUUCUUACAAGAUUUAAGGCUAUGGUUGGAACUCAGAAAAAGUUGAAAAGAUGUAUACUUUGAUUAUGUGAAGUGAAGCUUCUGCUGGGAGAUUGAAGUGAGGAACCAGUUUGUGAAAAUAUCAAAAUGAAAUAUGGUGAAUCUGCACUUCCGUAAACAGGCCAGCUUCAAGAAAGUACAGAUUAGGGUUUAUAAUUUGAUGCAUGCUGCAAAUAUAGCUGCUGAUCUAUGUGUUUGCGAGCUCUCGUGGCCAUCGAAGGGAAAACUGGUGACUCUCCCACCCCCACUCUACCCUCACCUGAUUUUUCAUACUAUUGAAAAUGAAUGUUGUGGAAAAUAAGAUGGGAUUAUUUUUGAAUUGAAAAGAAAGAAUGAGUAUUAAGGUUGGGGUUUUAUGCUACAAACCUUCUUGAUUUAGUGCCCGUUUGGUGGCCAUGAUUUUAGGCUUUUCAGGCUUCUUAGUUAACUUUUUCAUCAAACACAUAACUUUUGGUUUUACGGGUUGAAUUGUGUAAUAAUAAGAAAAAGUAAGGUCGUAGUUACUUUUCUGACUGUAUUGGCUGAAGUUACUGUAGAGGGCUAUUUUAGUUAUUUUUUAAUAUAUUUUUUUCUUUAUUUUAUUAAUAAAAUGUAUUUUAAAUUAUUAUUUUUCACAAAUCAUCAGAAUCAGCCAAUACAGCCACACCAACCAGAACUUCAAAAAUUUCAUCAGAAUUAGCCAAUACAGUCGAUUUGGUUAUUACCAAACGGGCUCUUAAUUGCGUAAUGAAUUUCUGAUUGUGUUCCAAAUCAGUAGUCAGUUUCCUCUUUUAGGAGAGCACCACCUAGUCUAAGCCUCCAAGGGUAUUUAAUUUCAAUAAGUUGAGGUAUAAUUAUCAAGGAAGCAAACAACUUACUAAUUAGGUGAGAUUAUUAAGGACAUGUUUAAUUUACUUGUUUAGUUUGUUUAUACAUAGUUUGAACGUUUGGUAGAGUUUUAGAUUAAGUAUAAUUUAUUUUUGUUUAAAUUGCUUUGAUUUGGUUAGAUAUGAGCCUCUGGGGCAUGAGAAUAGCAAUUUAAAUUCAACAACUCUUUUGGGAUGUGGAUUGGGUAAAGUUAACCCCAUCUUACAAUAUCGUACCUUUGUUCAAAAUAUUUUUGUAAAGUCACCAUUUUUAAUUUUAAUCAAUUAAUGUUAAAAUUAAAUCAUCUCUAUUGAAAUUUAAUUCAACUUUGAUAAUUAAAACUUACAUAUUCGAAAAUUACAUUGAAAUCUCUUUAAAAUUGGAAAUUCAAAAAAAAAUCUAAUUUUGAAUCUAACUAAGAAUUGAUAUUCUAAUUAAGUGAAUAAAAUGAAUUGAUUUAAUCCAAAAAAAUUAAUUUUGCAAUUUAACUUGAGAUGGAAUGAGUAUAAUAUUACCUCCGUCUAUUAUAAUUUCUUAGAUUUUUUAUUUUGAUUGUUUCAAAAAAUUUAUUAUUCUCCCUUAUAAUAUGAUUAGUUUGUGAUUCUAAUUAUUUUCUUUAUCAUCCACGCAAAUGUAUGAAGUAAAUCAAGUAAUACGGGAUGAUAGAAAUAUUUAAAUAGUGCUUGACAUAUUCCUUGAAAACAUGUGAUGUGAGGUGGUUUGUCUAGUGGUGUCAAUUGUGACUGUCUUGUCUUGUCUUGAAGGUAACAAGUCUUGUUAGGAAAAAGGGUUGCAAGUUAUGCAUAAUGUAACUAGCCUGCAGAUUGUCAUUCAUGAAAGUGGAUUUUAAUUUGAGGUAUUGUUUGGUGUUAAGAUUGGGGGUUCCAACAUAAAAAGUCAACCUCAUAGGAGGAGUAGCUCAUGUUUUUACAUAACACUUCGUCUGGAUCGUGUCGUCAGUUAUUUUUUCGUCAGUUUGUCAUUGUCAUUUUUUUUAAUUGUGUCGUCAUUUGUCAUAAGCCCCCCCACACCAUGGAUCGAUUUGGCUCUAAUAUCAUGUUAAGAUCUGGGCUUCCAUCCUAAAAGGUCAACCUGAUAUGAGGAGUAACUCAUGUUUUAAUAUAGCACUUUGUUAUUCAAACUUUUUCGGUGUGGGGUUCUAACAUUUGGUUUGAGCCAUUUCAUACUCCCAUUAUAAAAGUUGUAUGAAAUUAUAUAAUGAGUAACUUUUGGUGAUCUUUCAUGGAACAACAUUACGAGCACGGCUGAUAACACGAAAAUCGAUUGAUUCGGUUGAUUCUUUUGAAAUUUAUGAGAUUCUAGCCGAAGUGGCUGCAUUGGUUGAUUCUCUUGAUUUAAGAAAAAUUAUUUUUAAAAUAUGUUUUAUUAAUAAAAUACUGAAAAAAUUAUAUGUAAAAUUACUAAAAUGGUCAUCCACAGUAACUUCAGCCAAUACAGCCGGAAAAGUAAGUUCAAUCUUACUUUUUUAAUUAUUAUAGUAUUAUACAAUUCAGCGCGCGAAAAUAAUAAUUACGAGUUUGGUGAAAAAGUUGACUAAUAAGCCGAAAAACAAUGUUACCAAACGUUUUCUACAUAUCUAAAGAAGUACUGAUUUUUCAUUAAUAAUUCACCAUAGUAUUUUAUGAGAUCUUUUACAUAUACAAUAUUACUGCCAUAUGGAAACCCAUCAAGAGAUACUACCUCCAUCCCAAAAGACUUUAUCAUCUCAUAAACUUUUGAACAUGAUUUUGAUUAGUAUAAUUUUAUAGAAAUUAUAAAUUUCAUACUCUUUGAAAGUACUUUUAACAUAAAACAUUUUCAUGUUAUAAACAAUUUUCAAUAAAAAUAUAUAAUUUGUAAAAGUUUUAUAUGGAGUAGAUGUCAAAGUUUUUUAGAACGCAGAUAGAAUUUGUUGAGGUUAAUACGUCUCGAUCCAAAGGCCUAGCACAACCCUUUGAAUAACAAUAAAAAUGCUUCUCAUACGAAAGAUAAUUCGGAAAGGAAAACAACGUAGUGACUCGAUAGCCCAAUUGCACUAGCGUAAUCGUGAUUACAGUAAAUGGCCGAACGGGAGUUAUGCUUCAAUAGCUAAUACAAGAGUUAGAGUGAUGUAUAUAACUGUUGAGUAUCCAAAUGCUAACAUUUACAUUGGAAUAAAUGUUACUAUUUAUACUUGAAAUGGGUAGAUGAGAUGAAUGACGUGACAACUCUUGCAUGGAGGAUCCCUUUUGCCACUUGAGCACCCAUGCUUGCCACUUACAUGCCCAUAUUCAGCAUUAGAUGCGCCUCUGGCACUUGCCAGACUUCUCGACCAGUUCCUAGGGCUAAUGUAAUCAGUAGCCAUGAAUGACGUUCCCUCCUACCCAAGUAUGAGAUUCAACCUGUUCGAGAAGUACCGAAUGGGAUAUUUGUGCCGGAUUAUUGGACCCGUUCGACAGUAUACCGUUUUGGCUAGUGUUCGUUGGGCUGCAUUACUUCUUCUGGGCUCCAAGGAUAUUUGGGUCGGAUUCCUGGGCCGGACCCCGAUAUCCCAACAAAAUUUAAUUUGUAAAAAUCUAAGCACAAAUGAAACAGUUGUAGCAUCUUUAAAAAUAUAACAAUGGGCAAAUGUUAAUUUCCAUAGGGUGAACAAAAAUGCAAUUUUUUCUUCAUGCAAAUAACAUUUUGAUUGGAGGACUUUAAUUUUUUGAGGACAAAAACUAUGCAACAUGUACUUUUGUUAGUAAAUUCUUUAAUUACGAGUAAAAUAUAACAUGAUCCUUCAAAAAGGAAUGUCAUUAUUUAAUUCACACAUUAGAAAUAGGGUCCGGAAAAAGCGGUCGUCUCCCUCUCUCGUAGGGUUUGCUAUUUCCGUCGCCUAACUUCAGUAUAGGUUGGUGCGGGUUUUGUUGCUUGGAAUUUGAUUCUCUAUAGUGAUUUGAUUGUUUCUACGAUGUGGCUGUCUGUCCUUGGAGUCGGAUUUACAUCGGCGGGAGAGCCUGGUUUGAGUUGGCGGUUCAGGCGUGGGAUACACUUGUCGAGGCUUAUCUGCUCUGCGGCUUGGCCGGUGGGCCUGCUAUCGGUGGCUGGAUGGGCGACAAAGAUCGGGUUACCCGGUGAUGGCACAGGGUCGGCAACGGUGGGACAGUUCCAGCGAGGAUGGGAGACCCAAAUCCGUGUAGGCCUAGUCCAUGCUGGAUGCAAUUCCGAGUUUGAAUUGGUUUAUUGAGAAGGGUUGUAUGGAUGAGACUUUUGUUCCUCAAUAUUGGAUGCCCAGGCGAUUCUUGACUGGUGUAGGGAUAUAUUGCGGGCGCAUGAAAGAAACAUUUUUGAAGGUUACCAAGUCUUGUGGACAGAGUACUUCUCAACUAGGAAUGACGGAAGUGGGAGAACAGAGGCAGAACGAGGAUAUUGGAGGGGACAACAUGGCACUGGGUUAUCUAAAAAACGGAGAGGGUGCGGGUCAUGGUUAUCAGACCCGCCGAGAGCUCUAAAGACACUCCAGGUCAGGGAAGGACAGGAGAAGAUCUUCGGGAUACUGAGGGUGCAACCGAAUUUCGAGUAGUAUGUUUUCUUUACUGUUAUUUGCUUUGGUAAUACUAUUUUUGUUGUCGUCGUUUAUUUAUAUAUCUGCCUGACUCCAUUAGGUUGGGGCGAUGAGGGGUCUAUUCUAAUCACGUUAGGCUCAUUUAGACCCAUUAUAGGAUCAGCGGACCAUAUUACUUUUUCCAGGGUGAUUGGGCUCUAAGUCUGGUUCGAUGGUCGGUGGUUUGAAGUGGUCAUUUUAUCUUCUUGUUUCCUUGCUGAAUGCUUUGAUAUUAAUUUAAGCCGCCUUGGUCCAAAAAAAAAUCACACAAUAGAAAUGAUUGCUCAUGUUUGAUUUUUUUUUUAUCUUUUUAUUCUUUUGAUAAGAUUAAAUAAGCUUAUUUUGAGAAGGAAAUAUAAUUCGGUCUUAUUUUACCUUCUUCCCCUAAAAUGUAGAUGAUCACACAAAUAAAAUGUCAUCUUAUUGGUAAACAAAAAUCUUGUAUGUGAACAAAAAUGAAAUAGAAGUGUGUCUCUUGUUCAAUUAAUUGAUUAUAGGAAAUUGGAAUAGAUUCUUAAUUUGGAUAGAAUAUUUUGUUUUGGACUGAAAUUUGUUGGUCUGAUUUGGUCUGAACUGGUUUGGUCUGGUAAAUGUCUAAUCUAUGUGUAUUUUAUACUCCGUAACUAUGAAAGUCUGGUUUGAUCUGGUCUGAUCUGAUCCUGUGUAUUUUAUAUUCGUUGAAUACACUUUUUAGGUAUUUUUCAACAUGUCAUCUGUUUAUUCCAAGUUCACUCACGUAAGCUUCUAAUUAUUUUGAGGAAAAAAAGGAUGACACCCAUCCCUGAGGGCCCCUAACCCCGAUCGGACGUUACGUUGGGAGCAUGUAAAUUGGACUAUAAUGAGUAUAAAUGUAUAAUCCCAAUCUGACAGAUAGAGAGUGGGGCUCUGUCCCCGGUACUUUGCAGAGGCCAUAUGCAUUUUUAGCAUAGUAACUCCUUAUCGCAGUUGUCAGGAUUCGAAUCGGGGACCUAACCCUUGUGGCACUCUCUUGCUACCAAUUGAGCUACGCCCACCGGUUCUAAUUAUUUUCAGAAAAUGAAUCGCAUCCAACCACCCUCCAAAUUUGACAUCAUUUUAUUUCAAUAAUGAUUUUAUUUCAAAUUGUAAUUAACUGAAUCAGCCGAUUCUCUUGAAAUUUCUUAAGUUCUAGUUGAAGCAACCGAAUUAGCUAAAUCUGCUGAAUUAUGCAAACAUUAUUAUAUUUAAAAUAUAUUUUAUUAAAAAAUUAAAUAAAAGUAUGUAUGAAAACAAUAAAUGAUCUGAUACCGUAAUUUCAGCCAAUUUAGCAAGAAAAGUAACUUAGUCGUAUUUAUUUUGAUUAUUAUACAUUUUUGCGUGCGAAAUCAAAAGUUAUAUAUUUAGUGAAAAUAUUGACUGAUAAGUCAAAACAUGGGUGCCCAAACGAGCUCUAAAUUUAAACAAUAUAAAUUACACACAGGACCGAACUUUUCUCAAAUCAUAUCAAAUUUAAAUAGAUCAAAUCAAGCAAUAACAUACGAAUCAUUACAUUUAGACCAAGUAAAAUAUAUAUCAGUUAGUUUGGUGAUUCUUAUUUUCGACUAAUCAUCAGUCAACUUUUUCACCAAUCACAUAACUUUUGAUAGUGUACUUGAAUGCUUAAAUAACAAAAAAUAAAUAAGAGUGAAGUUGCUUUUUUUGCUGAAUUAAUGUAGAUGACCAU